AUGUCCAAAAACGAAACCCAAGACCCAAAUCAAAUCGCCCUGGUCGCCAUCAUCAAGCCGGCGGAAGGCAAGGGUGCACGGGUAAACAACGUCUCCUACCAGCCAAAGACCUCACAAGUCUACCAGCUAAACAGGAAACCACAGUUCGAAGAACUCACCAACGAUUACGCCGCCAAGGUCUACGACCUCGAACCAGGCACCUUGCAAUUCCAACUCCACAAAGAGGAAGACGGCGCCGGAGGGCGGUAUUGUCUUUUCGAGAGGUACAAAUCCGUCACGGACUUGCAGACGCAUCGAAACCACCCUUUGCACGCCGAGAUCUUCAAGACGUUUGAGAAAGAGGGGAUUCUCGGGGAGGCUCCCACCGUGCUCGUUGGCAGGGCUGUUGGAGGGCAUUUCGAUCGAUGA